AUGCCUUCUUCAUUGCCUCAAGUAGCAGUAGUUAAGUGCUACACUAUUCCUCCCAGAGACCACUGUAAGACCUACACCAAGUCAGAUGUUGUUUUGGCCACCCUGCUAAGCUCUGUGCCCAACCUGGCCACGAUCAUUCAAGUUGCCCUAUGCAGUCACGUACAUGUGGAAGUUUGGGUGGUACUCAUAAUGUAUUUCGUAGGGGCUGCCCUACCUAAAAACCACACAACAAACAUGGAACCCACUCCAGGAACUUCUCGAGAAUCCUUUUUUGAUUUCUCGGAUGAGGAGAGAGAGGACAUAGUUGACAAUUAUGUCCCUCUCUCACGCCGAGAACGAAUGGAGAACCUUGAUACUAAUGUGGAAUCAUCCGAUGACGAUCUCGAUUACGUUGCUGUGCACAAUAGCAGCAUAGACUCGGAUGAGCCAUUAUCUGAGUUUGCUAACCGGGUUCACCAACGCAGUUCAGGUUUCAAAUGGCGCAAGAAAGAAAAUGUGCCGCGCCGAUUUGGAUUUACGGUGACAUCGGGCUUGAGGGCCAACCUCGAUGCCUCAAUGUACGUCGAAUUGCAUCCAGGUGUUGUAAAGGGCCAUGAAAGAAAAUGGAUGCCGCUGACUCUCGCAGAGCUUCAAAUUUGGUUUACAUUGCGACUGGCGAUGGGCAUAUCACCAAAGCCUCGUCAGUCGCAAUAUUGGUCAAAAAAUGAUCUGCACGAGGCACCAUUCUUCCCAAAGCACAUGCCUCGAGGUCGGUUUGACCAGAUCUCCACGUGCCUGCAUCUGUCAGAUAAUGAUUUCCAGAAUGGCUCUAACAGGCUAUGGAAGCUCGGCCGUAUAGUCGAGCUUUUACAAAAUAAUUGUAAGGAGGCGUAUAUACCACCACAGUAUAUAACGGUUGAUGAAAGCCUGUGGAAAUUUCGGGGCCGUUUGGGUUUUGUAACCUAUAACCCAACAAAGAGAGCAAGGUUUGGCCUAAAAAUAUACAAGCUCUGUGUAUCCUCUGGCCCAACAUGCGGGUACACCUGUGCCUUCAAGUUUUAUACAGGCCAGGACCGAGGAGUCUUACCAGCCUCGCAUAAAGCCGUCGCCGACCUAAUGGAGUCGGCAGACGUGCUAAAUAAAGGUUACUUUAUUUGUAGACAACUGGUACUCGUCACCAACUCUGUUCCACUGGCUUCAGGGGAGAAAGACCAAUGCCUGUGGAACAGGAAAUGGAUGCCCAAAAACUUUGAAAAGUUGAAGUUGAACAAGGUGGCGGUAAGAAGUACCCCAACGGGCAUGAUGUGCAUAAAGUGGAUCGAUAAAAAGCCCAUCCAUCUACUAUCCACUAUACACACUUCCGAACUGGUCGAAACCGAGAGGGUAAAUAGGCAUGGCCAACUGGUAAUGAAACCACAAGCCAUCAUUGACUACAAUGAUGGAAUAAAAGGGGUCGAUGUUGGCGACCAGUUGGCAGCCUCAUAUCCAGCUGCUAGGAGAAGCAUCAAGUGGUACAAAAAAGUACUGAUGUACCUCUUUGAACUCGCAAUGGUAAACGCCUUUGCCCUCUACAAGGAGAUAGGAGACCAUACAACAAACCAACUGAGUUUUAGAGAACAUGUAAUGGGCCUUCUUGAGGAGUAUCUGCCGCAGGCUCCUCGAUACAGCGGAAGGGGACGGCCAGCAGUGACUAACUUGUCUCUCAGAUUACAAGGAAGAAACCCCCAUGUCAUCCGAGAAAUAGAAGGAAAGAAAUACAAGAGGUGCCACGUGUGUUACACACAUGGGAAGCGAAAGAUGACAAAGGCAGAGUGCCUAGUGUGUAAGGUGCCCUUGUGCGUCUUCAUUUGCUUCGAAAACUACCACAAUAAGCUUAUGUCCUCAAGAGACUUCCUAGACGAGUCUAUAAUACUGGGAAAAAAAAGUUAUUUUCAAGGCACUCGAGUUUUCCAACAAAAGGCGAAACCGAUGUCAAACUGCCUCAAGCGCGGCCUCCCACACCGCCCAAGCGAGUGGAAAGCGAAAAGGCUCGCUGAUGACGUUAGAAGUGAGCACCAAGUGGUGUACCGGACACUGUCCAUGUUCGCAGCAUCGAAACGACACAUGGACUUAAAUGGCUGA